AGAAGCGAGAGAACGUGCCAAAAGGGACGGUCAACUGCAAUUUGAAGAUUUUUUUCCUCCUCUACUCUUUGGCAUUAAUCGCGAACAUGAGCUCAUUUGAAAAAGUGGUUGUCAUCGACGGUAAGGGUCACCUCUUGGGUCGCCUUGCCUCCAUUGUUGCUAAGCAGGCCCUUUCUGGACAGCGCGUCGUUGUUGUGCGCUGCGAGGAGUUGAAUGUCUCUGGUUCUUUCUUCCGUAACAAGCUCAAGUACCACGCAUUCCUCCGUAAGCGCUGCGUUGUCAACCCUGCCCGCGGUGCCUUCCACUUCCGUGCUCCUUCGCGCAUUUUCUACCGUGCGAUCCGCGGAAUGAUCCCUCACAAGACCGCCCGUGGUGCUGCCGCUCUCGACCGCAUCAAACUCUUCGAGGGUGUUCCUCCUCCAUAUGACCGCAUGAAGCGCAUGGUUGUCCCUUCGGCCCUCCGUGUUCUCAAGCUCAAGCCUGGUCGCAAGUACUGCACCGUCAAGCGUGUCUCGCAUGAGGUCGGCUGGAAGUACAACGAUGUUGUUGCCAACCUCGAGGAGAAGCGCAAGGUCAAGUCCAAGGCCUUCUACGAGCGCAAGAAGGCCAUUGCCAACGUUCGUGCCAAGGCGACUGCCUCCAAGUCAUCCGAAUUGACUGCUGUUCAAGAGAAAAUUGCUGCUCUUGGCUAUUAAAGAAAACAAAUAUAUUUCCCUUAUUUGUCUUCACUUUCUUUUUCUUUGAAGUCUCAUGCGUAUCUCGCUCAUUUUAUUGCUUCUUGUCUUUAAUGAAGAAAAAUAUGCCAUAACAUGACAGUAGUUAAGACUUCGUCACUUGCGAUUAAACCAUCAGGUUAUUUUUUUUGGAGA